AUGGAUAAUAACGCGGCCGAGUCAAACGGAUCAAGGUGGAGCCGGUAUUAUGUGGGCCCACUUCAGUUCACAUAUUGCUAUGCUACAACUAGUGUUUGCAUUCUUCUUGGUGGACAGAGUCUUAAGGCAAUUUACGUACUCUCGACCACAAAUGAGAAGAUGAAGCUUUAUGAAUUUGUAGUAAUUUUUGGAGGCCUGAUUCUGAUUUUGGCUCAAAUCCCAUCUUUCCACUCCCUGAGGCACAUCAAUCUUGUUUCAUUAAUUCUUUCUUGCUUAUAGCCUUUGUAUAGCCUUUGUACAGUUGUUGGUUCAAUCUACAUUGGAAAAUCUAAAAACACAACACACAAGAACUAUUCUGUGAAUGGUCAUGGUGUAAAUCAAAUGUAUGCCAUCUUUAAUGCCAUCUCGAUCACUGUUACUACAUAUGGGAAUGGAAUCCUACCUGAAAUACAGGCAACCAUAGCUCCUCCAGUCAUGGGGAAGAUGUUCAAAGGAUUAUGUGUAUGUUAUGCAGUAAUAGUAACAACUUUCUUCAGUGUUGCUAUCUCGGGGUACUGGGCAUUUGGAAAUCAAGCUCAAUCAACUAUUCUCAGCAAUUUCACAGUUGAUGGAAACCCUUUAGUUCCCAAGUGGUUUAUUUUGAUAUCCAACAUCUUCACUCUUCUGCAAGUAUCAGCCGCAACUGUCAUUUAUUUGCAACCAACAAAUGAGAUUUUUGAGCAGAAAUUUGCAGGUCCAAAGAGCCAUCAAUUUUCAAUCCGCAAUAUCAUGCCAAGGUUAGUUUCAAGGUCUUUUUCAGUGGUUGUGGCUACAAUCAUCGCUGCCAUAUUUCCAUUCUUUGGAGAUAUUAUGGCCCUCAUUGGAGCAUUUGGGUGCAUUCCAUUGGACUUUGUUUUACCAAUGAUUUUUUAUAAUGUGACAUUUCAACCAUCCAAAAGGGAUCUCAUCUUCUGGAUAAACACAUUCAUCGCUGUAAUAUUCUCUGCAUUGGUGGUGUUGGGAGCAAUUUCAUCUGCUCGGCAAAUAAUUCUUGAUUCCAAUACUUACCAUUUGUUUGCUAAUGUGUAA